CCUCUUGCUGCUCGUGUUUUGUUGUUUUUGCUUGUUUAUAAUAAAGUAUUAAAAUUAUUUGUAAUUGUAAAAAAAUAUCGGCAAAAUUUUUGAGUACUAUAACUAUACUAUAUAACUAAUAUUUGGAGAAUACAAAGUUAGAGUGCCAUGGCCGAAACAGAGACGCACCAACAUGCUGAUCCACAUGAUGAGGAUGUGCACGAUGCCAAUUAUCAAGCCCCACCUGAGAAGACUAUUGAAGAUCUGAUGGCUGCCGAUCAGGAAGAUGAGAGUUUGCGACGUUAUAAGGAGGCUUUGCUGGGCGCAGCGCAAGCGGAAAAGAUUAUUGUUGAACCGAAUGACAGCCGAAAAGUUAUUGUUAAGAAGCUGGCGCUAGUCGUCGAAGGACGCGAUGAUAUGGAAUUGGACUUAAGCGGCGAUAUUAGUCAGCUCAAAAAGCAGCUCUUUGUGAUCAAAGAAGGUGUUCAAUACAAGGUGCGGAUCGAUUUUAUUGUACAACGUGAAAUUGUGCAUGGCCUCAAGUAUGUGCAAAAGACCUACCGAAUGGGUGUGCCAGUGGACAAAAUGACGCAUAUGGUCGGCUCCUAUCCCCCCAAAAAGGAAAUACAAUCCUAUUUGACGCCAGCUGAGGAGGCGCCCUCGGGCAUGGUAUCGAGGGGCACCUACUCCGUAUCGUCGGUUUUUACGGAUGAUGACAAGCACAUACAUCUUAAAUGGGAUUGGACCUUUGAGAUCAAGAAGGACUGGGCAUAAGACAUACCACCCACCUACACACACACACACACACACACACACACACACACACACACACACACACACACACACA